UACAGGCAUUUGGCUGCAUUUGUAUGGCCAGCAUUGUAUGGAAGGAGUGGUAUGAUCCACUACGGUAUUAUUCCCACUCUGUCACUCCUAAGUCAGGGCCUCUCAGCAACACCACCCAGAAAUCUGCACACACCGAAACUGCUCCAGACGCUUCAAUCUCGCCCGACCGCAACCAAAAGAACCACUGAACCACUGAAAAUGCCGUGCAAGGAAAUCCGCGCCAUGAAAAUGUCCCCAACAUCCCCCAACUGUCAGCACACGCCCACCCAUCCCAUUUCCACUCUCCUUCCAUCAUCCAUUCAUCACUUCCACCAGAAUCCAUCCCAUCCAUCGUCUGCAAAACUCACUGCACCACUUUCCCAUCCUCCCAUCACCACUUCACCACUUUCCCACGUAUCCUGCACCCAUCGCCUACUCCCCGCUACAAAUUCCACGCCCACACCCCGUCGCUCCGUUUGGAGCCGCACGCCUCACGAUACGACACCCAUCCGACCAACCCUCGUCGACCACCGUCCGCGACCCUCACCACCGUAAAUCCUCAUCGUCCGCCAUCCUAGAAUCAACUUAUCAUCGACCAACCCGCCGCCAUGCCGCCCUCCACCGCGACCAAACUCGCCUCGGGCAAGUCCAAGUCCAAGCUCAUCACCCUCCACCUUCCCCCCUCGCUCCUCGAUCGAUUUCCAUCCGACAAGUCCUCCGAGGCGACCUCUAAGUCGUCGCCGUCCGCCGACCUGUCCACUAAAGAAGUGACGCCCAGCAGCGU